AUGACAUUCAUGGAAAUAAUUUUUCAAUGGAAACCCAUAACAACGGGGCGAAAUUAUUUACUUCGAAGAUUUUUUUCCUACACAACCGCACAUUUUUCCUUUUACGUGUAUCUUCUCCAAGUUGUCUGAACGCGUCAAGUCCACACGUUGAUAUGUUUAUACAUUUAAAUGACACCAGCGGAGGAGAGUUAAAGUGACUUCCCUAAUCACCUAUUUUUAAAACAUGAAACAAGGAAUUGCAUAAUUAAUUUUGUUACUUCGCAUAUUUAAAUAGCUAUUUUUUAUUCAUAUUUCAUUCGCUAUAUUUUUUCAAGUAACGCUAUAUAUAUUUUUAAUGUGUUUUUUUUUUCUCGCACUAAAUGUUUUCAACAAGCAUGUCUCGAGUAAGGUUUUUUGGUGAUGUUGACAAUUCUGAAGAGGAGGAGGAUAAUGAUGACAUGAGCAGUGUUACAACUAAUGUAGGGGGCGUUGCGCCCUCUAACGCCACGAGAAAGAAAGGUAGUGGUAUCUCGGUUGAGCUACCUGUGUCAGCGCACGAGUUACUGCUUAAGGUAACACAAAUCUUUCACUGCGUUAUGCCUGUAGUAUAUAUAUUUUUUAACCAAGAAUCAAGAAAUCUGGUUCUACCUGGUUGUUCUUAUUUUUAGCCUUUAUUGCUCUUGCUUUGUUCUCAUAUAUUACGAGGAUCUUUAUAUAUUUUACGUAACGUUGAAAAUAUUCACGAUGCAAAGUCUAAGUAUACCAGGUUCUUAAAAUCACAACCACUUUACUAAAAGCUUUUCACUUGAAAUAAAACGUAAAAAGAAAAAAUCAGUAAAUUUUAGAUUAUUUUUGUGUACACGUGUUGUUAUAAGAAACUUGAGGCUCAAAUCUUAUCGACUGUUAACUCGCAAAAUUAUUGGAAGAAAAAGCAAAUUUACUUUUUCAGAACGCAGUUCUAGGGUUUAAAAUGCUUAUUUAGAUCAAGGUUUAUUGGUUAAGAUUUUCAGGGGUUAGAAAAACAUACAGGCUGAUCCAAAAACAUUUAUUUUUUAAAAAAACGUGUAUGUUGGACCUUUCCUCUAAGAUUAGACAUCCUUUGAUUACAAUCCAAUUGUUAUGAGAGACUUUGGACUUAUUAGCUAAAUUAAAUUUUUGCAAGAACUUGAAGAGAAUCUUCUGGAGAAUUUUUGUAAUGGUAACCUAUUCUAAAAUACAACAAAAAGCAUAGUUGAAUGAAAAGAACUCUUAAAGGCUUUGUAAUGUUUUUGAGUACAAGAACGAGUGCAAAAUGGGUUAUAUCAACUGUGUUCCAAAUAUUUCAGGUAGCAAGUAUAUUAGACAGCGAAGAGGAUCGUGCACAAUUAUUCAAUGCUUUACGGUUAUACCACGAAUCUCGUAAAAUAAAGAAACUCGUUCGCGAGUUGAAAAUUGUUCUCAACACGGAAAAAAAGUAUCCUUUAUUUAAAGUCAUCAGGGCGUUACUACCAAGCCAUCAUGUAGCAUUGUAUGAUAAACUUACAACAGUCAGCAAGAAUGGUGAACGUUUAAUUCGCAUCCAAAGGACUGGAAGCGGUUCUAUGGGUUUCACAUUCAGAGGAGGUAUAGAGCAUGGUAUUGGCUUUUAUGUGACGUCGGUUAGAGAGGAUUCUCCAGCACAUAAAGCUGGUCUCAGAGUAUCAGAUCAAAUUCGGAAGAUUAACGGACUUCCCUUACAUGAGUCUAUUCACGAAGAAGUGUUGUCCAUCUUUAGAAAUAAAUCAUCCGUUACAUUGUUAGUCAAAAACAUUGGACGAAUCCCAAGCAAAAUAAAUAACGAAAUCGUUUGGAGCGUUAUAAGUGAUACAACAGAACCGGUUGUACAACCAGAUGUUACAGAAGAAAAUGACAAACAAGAAGAAAAAGAUCGUUUGUUAGCAUUUAAGGUUGGGAAGGAUGGCCUUGGAUGCAGCAUCCGAAGCGGAAUUAAAGGACACAGAGGAAUUUACGUUGUGGCUGUUGAGAAGAACACUUUAGCUGAGCAAGUUGGUUUAAAGAUUGGAGAUCAAAUCCUUGAUACGAAUGGAAAAGAUUUUGUUUACAUCUCUCACCUUGAGGCUGUUGAAUUUUUGCGUGACAAGGUUCAACUCACCAUGAUUGUAAGACACAGUACGGAAGUUAAAAGAAUUAUCGAAGAUUCUGAGAAAGAGGUGAUCGAGGUAAAAGAAGAACCGCUGAUCAAGAAAGUCAGGUUCGGAGACGAGGAAAAGGUGGAAUACAUAGAUAUUGAGCCAUAUGAAAUUAAAGACGAAGAAGACGAAGAUGUUGUUCUUCCAAACGAAAGCAACUUUGAUUAUCCUGAAGAGAUUUUAGAAGGUAGAGAAGUACACUAUGUUUCCAUUCCAAAGAAAGGACCGCUUGCUUUCAACAUUGAACAGAAGGGCGAUAAAAUUCUUGUAAAGUCGAUAGCUCGUCGCGGGGCAAUAGCUGAACAUGGUUUUAUUCGAGUUGGUGAUUGGUUAUUGAAUGUGGAGGGUACAGAACUGAUCGACGUCACAGAAGCACAGGCUAAUGCGAGUAUUGUGAAAGCUUUCAGUGACUGGUCGAAAUACAUCGAGUUUAUUGUUGCUUGCCCACCUGGAAGAAUUCCAAGCAGACUUCCCACUAAAGAGGAGACUUCCCAGACAGUCAAAGAGAAGACUUACUUUUUAUCUGCUAAAUUGUUAAACCAGCAUCGAAAGAUGUCAAUGGGAGGUGUGCGUGGCGCUGUUGAAUCGUUUGAGUUGCAAAGUGAUAUUGUUAGUAAGUCACGUAAGAAGAGGAGGGACAGUAUUGAGAAGAUUCAACUAUCACAAACCGAGACUGAUGACAGUGGAAACAAUUCUUCGUCGUCACAAAAAACACACAAGCAGAUUUUUUCAAAAUACACUUCAGCUGCUCCGAAGAAACAAGCUAUAUUAGAAGGGGGUACCAUUAAAAGGAAGGCAUCCGUUGUAUCUGUAAACACGUUUCUUCGAAAUGAUGCAAAUAUUGAUUCUGAUGGAGAAGCUGCUGUAGAGGCCAGUAAAAAAGCUUCAACAAAUGGGAGCAGCAGUAUUCUAAAGCCUGUGGAAGGUCGUCUGGAAAAUGUUGAUAAAGAUAGGUUAAUUAUUAACAGCGACGACGACCGACUAAAUGAUGGCAACGAACCCCGAAGUGGGAGAGCAAGCUGUAUCUCUCCUUUGGUUACAAAAAAGUUACAGAAUACUAAUAGCAGCGAGGGUGUUGUUAAUGCUUCAGAAAUUCAACGAGAAGAUAUAUCAAAAGGACAUUCGUAUGGCGGUAUUGGAUACCUCACGAAGGAUUUUCAGCCAUCAAGUCGUUCAUCAGCACUGCUCGAUACAAAAAAUGCACCGGAACAUGUGAAAGGAGAUUAUGGAACGAAAGAUUUCGAUACAACUCUCACUCUUUCUGAAGUAAAUAAAUCUCUUUCAAAUUCCUUCUCCAUACAGCGGUCUAAAAGAAUACAUCGUCAUACUGAGCGAGGCAGCGUGUUAAACAACGGUCUGUUUGAGCACGGAAAUUCAGCUGAAGCAAAAGAAAUUAUACCUAGUUCAACAGAUGGUUCAUUGUACGAAACUAAUGCUGACGUCAAUGCGAUGAAAUCAAUGUUUGAAAAAGCGCCUACGGAUGAGGGUCAUUAUAAUAUACAGGAAGGUUCAGUGAAACGAAAAAAAGAUGUGCAAUUAUCGAGUUUAAAAGAUCAUUCAUUUUACGAAACUAACGCUGAUGUCAAUGCGAUGAAAUCCAUGUUUGAUAAAGCACCUGAGAAGGAGGAUUUUUACAAAAGGAACAAAGGUGAUAUCAAUCAUUCAAAGGCAGACAGUGGUUCAAGUGAGAAUAAUAAGUUUGGUGAAAGGAACGAACUAGUGUUGCCAGAUCUGUUUUAUACACCACCCGCUGAUGAUGAAGCAUCGUCUCAAAGAGAUUCAGCUCGAUCUGCUAAAGACAUAUGCAUAAAUUCACAGCAGCAAUUUGAAGAGUCUAAAGCUCAAGAGGAUGAAAUAGUACCCGUAACAUUAAAUGACGUUGAGAACGUUAAUAACAAAGAAUUUUUCACUAAUAAUGUUAGCAGUUUUGACGACAAUCGGCCGACAGAGGAAACAUCAAAGCGACGCUCGUUGUUAAUAUCACAAUCAAGUGCUGAUGUUCCGGUCCAAGUGCAUAUGGCGCAAGUACUGGCUCCUGCGGUUUCAGAUUAUCGGCGGAAGAAAAUACAAGCGGACGAAAAGAAUGGAAAAGAGAGUAUUAUUGUAAAUACAUCUACUGUUGACAGAUCACCGUACCAAACUUCUUCACCUGAUGUCGUGUUAGGUGCAGGUCGGUUAAAAGACCUUCGAAACUCCUACGAAAGUAGUUUUGUUAAAAGCGAUGAAAAUAAAGCUCACAACAGCGGUAAUGAUCGUUUUCAAGUGACGAAGAACGGUCAGUUAGAUCAUAACAAAAGCUCUGACACUAACGAGCUAACUAUAUCUCGUGGGUCCAAUAAUUUGUUUUUACCGUCACCGUACCGAAGAGCACGUCCAGUGCACGAUAUGAUUGCAGCGCCGAUAGCUGAUGUAAACAAAGAAAAUCUGGGUGAAGUUACACGAGCCAAUUCUAAGACACUGUCUAAUGGGGAGAGCAAUUGGAUUUCCAAAAAACCUCUAACUCAUGAGGAGAUUAUGAACAUCGGCAAAAAUGAUAAAGAGGAAUUGGUGACGUCAUUUGAAAGGCAAGAUGAUCGACGCCCAGUAUCUUACCCUUCUCACGCCCAUAAAGAAGCAACAAAUAACCGCCCAUCUUCAUUUCCUGCCGCCCUAAAUACAAGUAAUUUUUUUCAACAAACGAGCGUGACUUCUCCAAAUGAUUCAGAAGUAAAAUCAAUUCUUACAAAAGGGCGCAAAGGCAGCCCGAAGAAGGUACAAUUCAGUAAUUUUGUUACUUUUAGAACAACGGACAUAUUAAAACCACCUGUAAAUAACCCAGUCUAUACUUCAGAAGAGGAAGAUGAAGGUAGUAUAAUGCUGCCGACACAUAGCGUUAACGCCCACACGCAGAAAGAAAUUGACGAUAUUGUUAACGUCAUCAACAGUUCUUCUCCGAGUAUUUCGUCUUAUUCUUAUGUCAACUCUACGGUACCGAAUAACUAUCAAACCACUGAUUCAAGUAUAGAAUCCAGUGACUACGUCAUUAGCGGCGAUAUUUAUCGUGCUAGCCCUCGACAUUUAACAGACAGUUUUAACGAAUCCGGAAAAGGAAAGAAGUCAACAAGUAAAGGGUUUCUUCAGAAGGCAAAAAACAAACUAGCGUCAAAGUCAACUAAGAAGCAAUCUGUUGAUCAACCUCUUUCAGAUGACACAAUAGGUUUUACUAAAACUGUUACGCAACCUCCUUUAAGCUUUAAUUUCAUUGGACAAAGAUCAGCCAUGUUAAAUAAACAAGUGGAUUUACUUUCUGCGGAGAGAAGUCCGCGCCGCGAUAAUCGCAUACGAAAACGACAAGCGGGAAAUAUUGCUGACGUCGAUAUUUUAGUAUCGUAAAAAAAAAGAGAAUUGAAGAACUGAUUUGAGUUUCUUGUACAUUUGUAUAUAUUAUUAUAUUUGAUUUACUCUACAUGGUGUUAAAAAGAUAUACAAGUCAACUUUCA